AUGCCCCUGACAAAAUUAGUUGCUGAUGCACUUGGUGUGGUCACAAUAUCACUAGUCACCAUCUCAUCACUCAUUGGUACACUCUGCAUCCUCUACUCCUUUUACUUCCGAUCCCACAUUCGCACCCAAGGGUAUAAUCGUCUCAAAUAUUUCUCCGGUCCGUGGGUCAUCCGUAUCAUCUUCAUCUUCUUCACAAUCUGGUGGGGCCUCGGUGAAAUCCUCCGCCUUGAUUUCAUCCGCCAAGAAGGGCGUUUACUCAACACCCUUAACCUAAAAUGGCAAGACAUUAUCUGCAAAUGUUACAUAGUAUCAAACCUAGGAUUCUCCGAACCAUGUCUCUUCCUAACCCUAGUUUUUCUCCUUCGCGCAUCCUUACAAAAAACCGAAUCCGGUCCCUUGAGCCAAAAUUGGAACUUCAAAACAACAAUUUACAUUCUCUUAUUUUGUUUACCGAUUCUUGCCCUUCAAACGCUCGUUGUCAUAUUCGGGCAUCAUUAUGAGACGGGUGACCGCGGUUACUUUUUCAAAAUUACAUCCCCGCCCUCCUCGCGUUGCUACUACCCGUUAACGAGCACUACCCUUCUCGGUCUUUUCGCAACUUUGUUAAACAUGUACUUGUUUUAUCUAGGAAGGAAAAUCUUAAACUUAGUGAUAAGCAAAGGGUUGAGAAAGCGCGUGUUCAUAUUGAUAAUCACAGUGUCAAGUUUCUUUCCUUUGCGCGUUGUGUUACUUGGUUUAUCGGUUUUGUCAAAACCGGGGGACACUUUGUUUGAGAUUCUCGCGUUCUUGGCUUUUUUGUCGAUUUUAUGUUGUGCUGAGGUGGCGGUUUGUGUGCUUGUUUAUUAUCCGAUUGCGGACUCAUUGGAAUUGAAGAAUUUGCAAGAUAUAGAAGAUAGGAGAAGGAUUAUUGAAGAAUAUAAUGAUACCCUUUCGUUGAUUGCUAACCAAAGUCCUGUUAGUGGAGGGGCAGAUUCGGGAAAACAAGGGUCGAUUUCGUUUCGGAUGAAUGAGAGAGGAGAGGAAGGGGGUUCAGGGGCGUUUGUGGAAUUAAGUUUGUUUUCGCCUAGUCAGCGGGCGAGUCCCGUGGGGUCACCAAGGUUAUUGGGGUGGCCUAUGUUGCCUCCUUCAUCGGGAGGUUGA